AAAAUCAAGGAAAUGGCGCUUGAUGUGAGAAUCUUCGAGAAAACCUCUCCUUCUCGUUUCAUCUCUUUCACUAUCCCUAACCCUAAUUCUCCGAUUCAUCUCCUCCGCGUCGCCGUCCUCGACUCGCCUGUUCAUUCCACUGAGUCUUCUCCUCCCCGAGUCGCCGCCAUUCUCGUCCCCAAGCACCGAGAAUCCGAUUGGAUCUUCUCCACUGAGUCCGGUCAAUUACAGCUUCUCCUUAACAUGCCAGAAAUCUCUCGAUUGAUCUUGAUCGGUGAUGAUCACGAUACUGACUCUGAUUUACCUGCGGUUUAUCACCGACCGAACGGCGAAGACGACGAAUCUGAGAAACUCGAGAUAAGAUUGAAACCUCUUGUGGUAGCUUUGUUACCUAAAACCCUAACACGAGAAGAAAUCGACGAUGUGCCUUUUCUGAUUUACGAUGAUAAUGUUGUCUCCAGUGUAGAGAUUGAAAAAUGCGUCGGGCCUUUCGUUGGUGAAAUGUUAAUUGAAGAUGUAGAGAUUGAGAUCGAUGAUGGAGUUAGAGAAUUUAGGAGGAGAUUGAGGUUUAAGAGAAUGCCAAAUUUAGUUCAAUCUGCCAUUAAAAUCAUUCCCAGAAGUUGUUCGAAUCCUUCUCUGCCAUUAAUGGGAACAGAGUUCAAGCUUGAUCUUACGGAACUUGUGCAUCCUUACUUGGCACCAAUGGUGGCAAGUCUUAGCUUGAUUGGUUCUGAUGUAUAUGAUCAUCUCAAAUCUAAACCAAAGGCAUUGUGCAUUGGGGUUGGAGGUGGUGGAUUGCUAAGUUUCUUAAGGCUACAGUUAGGGUUCGAAGUUACAGGCGUAGAGAUAGAUCCUGAAGUCUUGAGGAUUGCAAGGCAAUACUUCGGGUUAGAGGAAAGCUUAGCUCGUGUUCACGUUGAAGAUGGUAUUGAGUUCUUAAAGAGACUUUCUAAAAGCUGUGAUGAUGAUGCCAGAUUUGAUGUCUUGAUGGUUGAUCUGGACUCUACUGAUCCAAUUCACGGCAUGACUGCUCCUCCGGUUGAGUUUGUGGCUAAAGAUGUGUUGCUAGCUGCAAGAACUGUUCUUGUUCCUUCUGGGGUUUUCAUUAUCAAUGUCAUUCCUCCGAACAAGACAUUUUACCAAGAGCUUCAAGACCAGUUUAGACAUGUCUUUGCCGAGUUGUAUGAGAUCGAUGUAGGAAAUGGUGAGAAUUUUGUUCUCAUCGCAACCGUUGCACCUAGAAAGAGCGGUUUCAACAGAGAGAAUCUAACACCCGCUGUCUCGGGAAAGUAUCUUGAUGCUAUACAGAAAAUCUGAAUCAUUGAAACAGAAGUUUUCAUU